CAGACGACGACAGCCCCCUGAAAGCAAAUGAGUUUGAUUUGUUUGGCUGUAAAAACGGCCGGAGCCGCAGCGAGGACGCGCUGACCUGCCCGUGGUGCUGCCCGGUGCCGCCGCUUGUUGAGACUCUUUGGUUGCCCUGCACACUUCCUGCUGCUGGAUAAUUUUUUUUACUCGCUUCUUGUGCUCCGUGGGCUCGGAAGGAGAGAAGGAGAAACCCCAAGUGUGUUGGAUCGGUCCGCUGUUCCGUCAAGCUGCAGCAUCGGGGGAAACCGAACCGCUGGCCUGAGCUGGGAGGAGCAGUGACCGCCUGUAGCAUGAUGUCCUACCUCAAACAGCCCCCCUACGGCGUCAACGGCCUGGGGCUGAGCGGCGCUGCCAUGGACCUGCUGCACCCCUCGGUGGGCUACCCGGCGACCCCCCGGAAACAGCGGCGGGAGCGGACCACCUUUACGCGCUCGCAGCUCGACGUGCUGGAGGCGUUGUUCGCCAAGACGCGCUACCCGGACAUCUUCAUGCGGGAGGAGGUGGCGCUGAAGAUCAACCUGCCGGAGUCCCGGGUGCAGGUGUGGUUCAAGAACCGGAGGGCCAAGUGUCGCCAGCAGCAGCAGAGCGGCAGCAGCGCCAAGGCCCGGCCGCCCAAGAAGAAGUCGUCCCCGGCCCGGGAGAGCACGGGCUCGGAGAGCAGCGGCCAGUUCACGCCUCCGGCCGUCUCCAGCACCGGCUCGUCCUCGUCCUCCUCGUCCAACAACAACCACGCGGGCGCCGCGGCCCUGAGCAGCACCUCUACCUCCAUCAGCACCGUGUCCUCCAUCUGGAGCCCGGCCAUCUCCCCCGGAAACGCCCCGGCCGCCGCCGUGGCCCCGCUGCCCGAGCCGGGCCCGCCGUCCAACGCCUCGUGCAUGCAGCGCUCCAUGUCGGGCCCGGCGGCCGCCGCCACCUCCUACCCCAUGUCCUACAACCAGACGGCGGGCUACGGCCAGGGCUACCCCGGGCCCUCCAGCUCCUACUUCAGCAGCGUGGACUGCGGCUCCUACCUGGCCCCCAUGCACUCCCACCACCACCCCCACCAGCUCAGCCCCAUGACGGCCUCGUCCAUGUCGGGACACCCGCACCACCACAUCAGCCAGUCGUCGGGCCACCACCACCACCACCACCACCAGGCCUACGGCGGCUCCGGCCUGGCCUUCAACUCCUCCGACUGCCUGGAUUACAAAGAGCAGACUGCAGCCUCCUCGUGGAAGCUCAACUUUAACGCCACAGACUGCUUGGACUACAAAGACCAGGCCUCCUGGAGGUUUCAAGUCUUGUGAUCGGCCUUUUUUUUUUUUUUUUUUUCCUUUUUCUUUCUUUCUCUUUUUUUUUUUUUGCCCCUUCCCUCCCCUCCCGGCUUGCCUGCUCCUUGUUCUUUUAUUUUGCUUGUUUUUAAAGAUGAAAAGAGUUUAUGAACCAUAACACGAUAGCAGCAGGAAUCCACAGCAGACUGCCCCCCUACCUCCCCACCCUCACCCCUCCUUCAUCCUACUUGUCUUAAAUAAUGAAAAAUAAAUUAUAACAAAAAGAAAAAAAAAUCAAAAAAUGAAUCUUCGUCCCGUGAAGCAUCAGGAGCCGUUUCCACACAUAAGAGGGGCUUUAUAAGACGGCCCCUGCUUGGAGGAGCUCAACAAAAACUGAUUUUUAUUUUAUUUUUUUUUCCAGAAAUGACAAAAACUAAUUUCAAGCAAACUCCUUCGACCACCAGCUCUCUGGAUGGGAGGAAUAUUUUUCCCUCUGGUGCACCGACAGGAGCUGCAUGCCUGCAGUGCCCUUUUUACCUCCAACCCAAUCGAGUCCUGUACAGUUUUUAUUUCUGAAAUUUGUUAUUUUAGGAUGACAGAGAUUUUUAGUCAGCUGCGUCGAGGAGCUGAAAGAUGUAAAUAUAUAUUUGGGUCAGUUACAGUGACCAUGUUUAGUUGGUGUUUUUUGCAAAAUUUGAAAUUGUUUAUUACCAUUUUUGGGAGAGGAAAAAAAAAAGAGACUGUGUAUGUAAAUCUUUUCAAAUAUUCCAAAGAGAACAAAUUGGCCAUAAAGUUCACAUGAAAACAAAAAAAAAAAACACAUUAUUUUACUCAGAAAAAAAAAUGUUUGGGCUAUUUUGAGAUGUCUUGGAAAAGUUUAAAAUAUAGAUGCAGAGUGGUUGUUCUGGGCGUCUGUCCAGGAUCCAGCUAUUAUUCUAGUCUCUUUCCAACCAAACCUCCUGUCUUGGGCAUUGUCGUGAUUAUGGACAUGUUUGAAACGCAGCACUUGGCUCGAUCUUGAAGUCAACGCAUUUAAAAAAGAAAAAAAAAUUCUUUGGAGAGGAAAUUGUGGAUUUAUAGCUCCAAAAUGACAGUGAGAUGUUGAAUGUAUCUUUAAGGCGACCACCAUUACAUACAUGUUCAUCCAAUAAAGACCCUUAAGUCAAAUUUAUUUUCCACCGUGGACUCUGUCUUGACAGGGACUCGAGCUCUCAUUUAUUUUAUUCCUUUUUUAUUUUUUAUUGUAUGUACCAUACCAAAUUACAAACCCAAGCUUUUUUUUCUCUUAUUUGAACUAGUCACACUUUUAUUUAGAAGCUUGUUAAUGUUGUUUUACUCUAAUUAUAGCAGGGUAAAUGCAAAUUAGCCCAUAAUUAAAACAAGCGGUGAGCGCAUGUAGGCCUUCAUUUCCAUUUUAGAGCGCAGCCGUCUAAUCCUCUCUGUCUCUGCAUUAAACUGGAAUAUGCGCUUCUCCUCUUGCUUUAGGGAGGUAAAGUGUUUAUAUAUAUAUAUAUAUAUAUAUAUAU